UGAGUUGCGCUGGACGACACUUUCAACAUUUCAAUACACGACGACUACACGACGACAACUUGACGAAUCUAUAUCUACAUAGGCACGCUGGACCGUCGAAGUACUGGGACUUGCCCACCAGCGCGCUUGCGAUAAUACAGAAGCCUGGUGCUUGGCCAGGAGCGGACACGCAACCACGAUUUAACACAGUUGAAACGAGCAUAAUAAUCGAAUAAUCCAUCACGUAUACCCAGAAGCGAAUUAAUACAAAAUGUCGCAGACUCCGGCGCGCACGACGCGCUCGCGAGCCAACACUCCGGCCGUGGCGGUGCAACCCAAGACACUCCCUUCACUCCAGACGAAAGCCUCCACUUCAUAUGGAUCACGCGGAAAGGCCACGCUACAAAGUCAGACCGCAGCUGCGGUUUCAGCUAACCAAUUCGAAGAUGCAUUCUCGACAGCGCGCGCUCAAGCUCAAGAAUUCGCAAUCCCUAAGCGGCGAGAACGGAGGACGGAGCCUCUAGUUGAAGAAUCCUUGGCGACUAACGAAGAGGAGUUGGAGAAUUUAACUUCCCUAGUGAACGGUACGCGGUCACUGGAAGAUGAUGAGAUUUCUCGUGCCGAGACCUCUAUCGAUGCUGGCGCUCUGUACGAUCGACCAGUGAGUCGGAGUAAUGCAUUGUCGUCACGACCUGCACGAAGCACAAUAUUGCGCACAGCUUCCCCACAGGCAAUCCCAUUAUCUCAGCCCAAUAUCUACACACAGGGCGGAAGGGUAACAUCACGACUGUCACGCGAAGUCAUGCCGCCUCCAGCCAGCCGACGCCUUCAAUCACAAGCGUCAUCGACUUCAUCCAGAUCAUCACCUAAAGUAAGGCCAACAAGUACGAAAGUAGCUGAAGAGGAGCCUUCUAGCGUGCGUGUCUUUGCAUCGACUUUGACGCGCUAUUUUCCAGAACUCAUUCGCGACGCGAACACGAGUCUGUCAAAAUGGCUGCUGCAGUGGCUGCUUGCAUUAGUCCUGUUAGGACUGCUCUUCACCGGACUAUUCAUUGUACUUGCUUUGUUAUAUUCGGCCGUUCCACUACCGACAGCCUUGCGGGAAUCACAGGAGACUUUUGUGACGGGCAUGAAGUAUGCCCUAGGAUUUUCGCCACGGGAUUCACUCUUGGAGCAAUUGGGACAGCUUUCUUCGGGACUACAGCGCGUGGAGGAAAUGCGCAAUCUAUAUGAAGAGUCGAGGAAGACGCUUGUUUUGCAGGACCAUGCGUUGGAUGAAUUGCGUGCGCACUUGCCAGAGGUGGUUUUGGUUGAGAAGGUCAAUGGCCAAGUGUCACUCACGAAGGAAUUUUGGGAUGCUCUAGAGCAAAGGCUUGUGAAGGACCAGAAGGCGCCCUUGUGGAAUGCACUGCUCCGAACGCACGAGCAGCAGCUGAGGACCAUGAUCACCGACGAAUCCGAAAAGACGUACGUGUCAAAGGAAGAGUACCUUGCGGUGAUUGACAAGGCCGUCCACGACCGAUUUGGAAAUGUCCUGGCGAAAGUGGAUCAGCGAGCUUCACAGAUUGCCGGUACUGUCUCUCGGGAGACUGUCGAGGAAUACAUGAAGAAGAACGCGGGCUCUUUCACAGAAGAGGACCGUCAGGCACUUGCCCAGUUCACUCGCAUACAAGCCGCAUACGAUGCAAUCAACACAGUCAAUUUCUUCGACCCAGGCCUCGGAGCCAUAGUCGUUCCAAAGCUCACCUCUUCGACCCAAAAACCACCACCACGCACUUGGCGUCAAUACCUUUGGUCCUACCAAGACUUGAUCCUCAUCUCACAAUACCCUCCAUCCGAGGCGCUUAACCCAACCGCCAGCGCCAGCGACUGCUGGUGCGCAUCACCCUCGAUCGACCGCAAAGGCAAAGCGCAAAUCACAAUCCGCACGCCGCUAAAAUUCUACCCGGAUACCCUCGUCAUCGAACACAUCCCGACCUCCGGCACACUAGACAUCUCCACCGCGCCCAAAAACUUCGAAGUCUGGGCCGAGCUCGACUCGGCCGCCGCCGUCGCCAACAUGCGUCGCAAGAUCGCCUACUUCCUGGGCAACGAUCGCAGCGCCGAAUGCGGACCCGCACCGACCGAGAAAUUCCUCUGCAUGUACCGCGGCGAAUACAGUAUCCGCGCCGGCGUCGGAGCGAUGGCUGCGGCGCAACAGCAUGUCCAGGCGUUCAAAUUAUGGUAUCAUCCCAUUGAGAGGUUGAACCUUCAGACUGAUCUCGUCAGCGUGCGGAUUACCGAGAACUGGGGUGCGGAGUGGACGUGUCUUUAUCGACUAAGGAUGACGGGCUCGAGGACGGAUGUUGGGCCCAGUGGGGAGGUGGAUGGUGAGGUCGGAUGGGAUUAUUAUGGUGAGCCGAGGGAUGAGGACGAAUUCCCGGCGGAGUUCUGGGAGAAGGGGGAGAGUGUGGGCGCUGGUGGGGGCAUGAAACCCAGACAGGUGCAGACUGUGUGGCAUGAGUAGAGUUGCAGUAUGUUGAAGAGCAUUUCUGGAAGAACCCACUCAUUCCUCCAUUGGAUGCUGAUAUUGAUACUGAUAUAACCGCGUCAACAUCUCCCGC